AUUUGUAAUUUUUCAUGAUGGUUAUAAAAAAGAUAUGAAUGGAAAUUGAUGCAAGGAUUUUGAGAUGUAGAACAAGUGAGAGCAGAUUUUUAUCAGAAACUGAUAGUUCACGAAGUUAUUAUUAUCUCACACAGCUGUAAAUAUAGUUGUGCUCGGUAUUUAAGUUUCGGAGUAUAUUCAAGACAUAAUAACAAUGUUGAACCAAUGUUCACAUAUUUUGACAAAAGCAGUUGAGAAAGUGACAAGGAGUUACUCAGAAGUAGCAUGUUCCGAGGAUAUGGGCUCACAGAGAAAAAAGGUGCCAUACUCUGAAGCUAUCCAACUUGCAGGGUUUGGCAAGUUCCAGUGGCUUCUCUUGUUGGUGUGUGGAACAGCCAAUGCAUCUGAUGCCAUCGAGAUACUCUGUGUCUCAUUUCUUCUCCCUUCUGCUGAGUGUGACCUUCGUCUCUCAUCAUCUGACAAAGGAUGGCUGUCAGCUAUAAUAUUUAUUGGCAUGAUGAUUGGCAGUUACCUCUGGGGCACGUUGGGUGAUUAUUUUGGCCGAAGAAUUGUUCUUGUUACUGCUUUACUUGUUAAUGGAGGAUUUGGUUGUCUAUCAAGUUUAGCACAAUCCUUUCCAGUUUUUUUGGUGAUUCGACUUUUCAGUGGUAUUGGCGUUGGAGGUAGCAUUCCUGUGGUGUGGUCAUACUUUGCUGAAUUCCAAACUGAAAAGAGCCGGCCUCGUCAGAUGUGCUUCUUAGCCUCAUUUUGGAUGAUUGGAAAUAUUGUAACAGCAGCCCUGGCAUGGAUCAUUAUUCCACAGGUCCACAUUGGUUUCUUUUCUGAACAUUUUCUUUUUAACUCUUGGAGAAUCUUUGUUGUUGUAUGUUCCAGUUUUGCCAUUUUCUCUGCUCUUACACUACUACAUUUUCCUGAGAGUCCAAUGUUUUUACUGAAGAAAGGAAAGGAACAGGAGGCAAUAGCAGUGCUUGAAGGAAUAUAUCAAAGAAACAAACCUGAUCUAAGUAAAAAAGUGGCAUAUAAGGUUUCUGGCUUAUAUAUUGAUGCUAGUGAUGGAUCUGAACCUGAUUUAGUCAUUUCCACCGGUUGGUGUAGAUUUACAGCAGAGACUGCACAGGGUGCUGAUUGUCCCGGUCAAAAGCCCUUAGGUACAGACAUCACUAAUUUAGAACGUCAAACCAGUGAGUAA